GGAAGCGGCUGCUGGACACUCAUGAGGCGCUCAGCUAUCAUUGGCGCGUUUGGGAGCUAACUGGCUUGAUACGGCCCUCGGGCAUGGCCCGGUUGAGGUACCUGCUCCGGGCCAUCACGCUGAACGUGCUGGUCACCUUGCUGUUCCCGCUGACGCUGCUGGCGCGGCUCAUCCUGACGCGCAAUAUGCAGGAGCUGUGCGAGAAUCUGACCAUUACGAUCACCGACAUUGCGGCCAACUUCAAGUUCAUCAAUGUGUUCCUGGUGCGCCGGCAUCUCGAUCGGAUACGCGAGCUGCUCCAGGUGCUGGACAGGCGGGUGCUGAGCGUGCAGCAUCCCGAGGAGCUGCUAGCCCUGCGGCAGGCUGUCGGCACGGCGAGGAGAAGCUUUCGCAUCUUCGCCGGCAUCUUUGUCGUCGGCACCCUGCUCAGCUGCAUCCGGGUGGCCAUAGCGAAGGAGCGCCAGCUACUCUACCCCGCUUGGUUCGCCGUCGACUGGCUCAGCUCGGAUCUGGCGUACGUCUGCAUCUGCUGCUAUCAGCUGUUCGGCCUGAUCGUCCAGGCCGUCCAGGACUGUGCCAACGACUCCUACCCGCCGGCAUAUCUCUGCGUGCUCACGGGCCACAUGCGCGCCCUGGAGCUGCGCGUGCGCCGCCUCGGCUAUCCGGGCCAUCCCGAUUGCCCGUCCCGGUGCCGCAUCGUGCAGCUGGAGCUGCACGACUGCAUCGAGGACUUCAUACACAUCAUCCAGCUGCACGCCACCAUCCAGCAGAUCCUCUCGAUCGCCUGCCUCGCCCAGUUCCUCUGCACGGCCACCGUUCAGUGCACCGUGGCCAUGCACUUCCUCUAUGUGGCCGACUCGCACGAUCUCUCCGCCAUGAUGCUCUCCUCGGUGUUCUUCCUGGCUGUCACCCUGGAGGUGUUCAUCAUCUGCUACUUCGGCGACCGCAUGCGCAGCCAGAGCGAGCAGCUGUGCGACGCCUUCUACGCCUGCAACUGGCUGGAUCAGUCGCCGCGGUUCCGCCGCUUGCUGAUCUUCACGCUGAUGCGCAGCCAGAGGACGUUCUGCAUCUAUGCCGGCGGCUACAUAGCCGUCACCCUGGAGACCUUCGAGCAGGUCAUCCGAUCGACCUAUUCCGUCUUUACGCUCCUGCUGCGCGCCAAGUGA